ACAAAACAUCUUGUCAAGCAAAGCCUAUUACUAAGUUCUACGCGGGAAAGUAAUUAUUUCAUAAUAUUGUUCUGGUUAAAGGUGAUUUGCUUCUUUUAUCGGGCCAUUUUUGAAACAACUAAUUUCUUUUCCCCAACCUCUGCCGAAAACUGCCCUAAAAGGGCAAUGUCAAUUUUAUUACGAUAUUAUGGAUAUAACCUCAAGUAUAAGUUUUAUUCACAUUAUUCUUCAUUAUUAUUAAUCCGACAUAAAAGCGAAAUAAUGAAAUAUCUGAACGUCGCCGAGAAAAACGAUGCAGCCAAAAACAUUGCUUUUCACCUAUCCAGGGGUACUGCCAGACGACGGGAGGGAUUAUCCCAGUACAACAAAAUAUAUGAAUUUGAAACCGAUGUGAUGGGGCAAAAGAGUCAAAUGGUGAUGUCGUCGGUGUCUGGCCAUCUCCUUGCUCUGGAGUUUGUGGGUGCCUAUAAAGGUUGGCAGUCAUGUAACCCAUUAUCUCUCUUUGAUGCACCAGUAUUUAAAUACUGCCCUGAAAACUAUGAAAAAAUAAAGAAAACUUUAGAAAGAGAAGUAAGAAGCUGUCAAGGACUGAUCAUAUGGACAGAUUGUGAUCGAGAAGGAGAAAAUAUUGGGUUUGAAAUCAUACAAGUUUGUACAGCAAUUAAGAACAAUUUAAGAGUGUACAGAGCCAAAUUCUCUGAGAUUACGGCUGUGUCUGUCAGAAGGGCGUUACAAAAUCUGGAGGAGCCAAAUAAGAACAUUAGUGAUGCGGUAGAUGUUAGACAAGAGCUAGAUUUGAGAAUAGGUGCAGCAUUUACUAGAUUCCAAACAUUGAGACUUCAAAAGGUAUUUCCUAGUAAACUGGCAGAGAGUCUUGUUAGUUACGGCUCCUGUCAGUUCCCCACUUUGGGCUUUGUGGUGGAGAGAUACCGAGCUGUGGAAAAUUUUGUUGCUGAACCAUUCUGGAAGAUCAAAGUGAACCACACUAUAAAUGACUUGAGUGUAGACUUUACAUGGGAGCGUCAAAGACUAUUCGAUCAAGAAGCAUGCCAGGUUUUACAUGACAUUUGUUUAGAAAACCCACAGGCGAAAGUGUGCGAAGUCAAAACUAAACCUAAAUCCAAAUGGCGCCCAUUGCCAUUAGAUACAGUGGAAUUGGAAAAACUAGCGUCACGGAAACUCAAAAUCAACGCAAAAGAGACAAUGCGGAUUGCUGAGAAACUGUACACCCAGGGUUUCAUAAGUUACCCGCGUACGGAGACCAAUGAGUUCCCAAAGGAGAUGAAUCUUGGCCAGUUGGUGGGGCUUCAGACCAGUGACCCGAACUGGGGGGCCUUUGCUCAGGGGAUACUGGACAGCGGAGGCCCCACCCCGAGGCAAGGCAACAAGAGUGAUAAAGCUCAUCCUCCUAUUCAUCCCACAAAGUAUACUAACAGUUUAUCAGGCAACGAACAACGUCUAUACGAGUUUAUAGUGCGGUCGUUCCUCGCCUGCUGCUCCAAAGACGCGCAAGGCCAGGAGACCACGGUCUCUAUAGACGUGGCCAAUGAGAAGUUCAACGCUAGCGGCUUGAUGAUUACGGAAAGAAAUUAUCUAGAAGUUUACCCAUAUGACAAGUGGUCGUCGAAGGAAAUACACGUUUAUCAGACAGGUCAGACAUUUAGACCGACGAGUAUCGAUAUGUUGGAUGGAAGCACUUCGCCUCCCAAUCUGUUAACGGAAGCGGAUCUUAUAGGUCUGAUGGAGAAGCAUGGAAUAGGUACCGACGCGACUCACGCGGAACACAUAGAGACAAUAAAAAGUCGUUCGUACGUCGCUCUCGCGGACGCCAUACAUUUCGUGCCAGGGCUGUUGGGCAUGGGCCUUGUGGAAGGGUACGAUUCCAUGGGACUCAAUAUAUCCAAACCGCAUUUGAGAGCACAGCUGGAAGCAGACUUGAAGGCUAUAAGUGAAGGUAGAAGGCAACCUCACCAAGUUUUAGCAGAACAGAUAGCGAAAUAUAAAGAGGUCUACCUUACAGUGACGGCAGAGGCGAACAAAAUAGACAGCGCGCUGGCCGAGCGGUUCAACGAGCGACCCAGCCAGUAUACGCCCACUACUGAGUCGUUGCCCACUCAAAUGCCUUCUGUUCUGAAAUGUCCUAAAUGUGGGUCGGACAUGACUGUCAGACAGAAGAAGAACAGCCCCGACGAGUUCUACAUCGGCUGCUUGAGUUAUCCGAACUGCAAAAACGCCGUGUGGCUUCCUAGUAUAGUCAAGACGUUGACUGUGUUGCCAGAUACCUGUUCUGUGUGUGGUCCGAACUACAAAAUGGUUAAAUUCGAGUGGAGAAACAAUUCCAUAAGUCACAUAUACCCGCCUCCAUAUACAGCUUGCAUAGGAGGCUGCGACACCACGUUCUUGGAACUCCUCAAAAUUAAUUUAUCUAGCGUCAAACAGAUUCAAACACAAACCAAUACAAAUCAAGGACGAAGCAAUAAUAAUCAACCAGUACAUUCCCAAGUGAAUACUGUUCCAGUGAGGCCAAAUAUAAAUCAGCCAAGGCAAUUUGCCCCUCCACUAACUGCAAAUAGAAACCAAAAUUCUACAACAACUAGGCAAAAUGGAAACAGACAAAAUUUUAACCAGCCACGGCAAAACCCUCCAUCAACCGCUGGGAAUAGGAACCAAACUAGAAUGCCACUGCCGAGGGGUGGAAACAACCCUGAUGAUAACAAUGUCAUAUGUGGGUGCAACAAACCAGCCAUUUUGCUCACUGUUCAGAAGCAAAAUAAUAAUUUUGGUAAAAAGUUUUACAAAUGUGCUGCGGGUCGAGACGGCAAUGGUUGCGAUUUCUUUCUAUGGGCGCCCGAGUCCGUCACCAACGACACGCCGCCACCCUCCAACUCUUGGGGCGAACACACGCCCUCUGGCGGCGGAAAUACAAACAUGUCCAGAGGGUGGGGGAUAACUCCCAGCUCGUCUAGAGACAGUUAUCAAGCAAGUGAUAAUGGUUUUAAUUGUAACUGCGGCAUUCCUGCUAAAAAGUUAACAGUUCACAAAGAAGGCCCCAACAAAGGGCGUAUGUUUUAUUCAUGUCCUAACGAAUACAAUAAUCGUUGUAAUUUCUUCCAAUGGGCAGAUGAAGGAUCCGCUUUACAGAAUGAAUGGGGCAAUGGUGGCACCACAGCUACAAGAGGCCGAGGCCGGGGCGGGCGCGGAGGCGGGGGCGGGCGCGGGGGCGGCGGCGGGCGCGGCGCGCGGCGGGAGGGCGGGGGCGCGCGUCGCUGUACACUUUGCAAGCAGGAGGGACAUAGGAGGGAUAGGUGUCCCAAUUUACAGUCCUAG